AUGGAUAGAGUCUUGAACAAGCUCCGCAAUUUGGAUGCGUACCCUAAAGUCAAUGAAGAUUUUUAUAACCGCACGCUCGCCGGCGGGGUCGUCACCGUUGUAUCUGUCGCCGUUAUGCUUCUCCUUUUCUUUUCCGAGCUAAGAUUAUAUCUCUACACUGUUACAGAGAGUAAGCUUUUGGUGGAUACUUCAAGGGGAGAAACCUUGAACAUCAAUUUUGAUGUCACUUUUCCUUCUGUUCGAUGUUCAAUACUCAGUUUAGACACAAUGGAUAUUAGUGGCGAGCGGCAUCAUGAUAUACUACAUAAUAUAAUGAAACAAAGAAUUGAUGCUAAUGGUAAUGUGAUAGAAGCUAGGAAGGAAGGAAUUGGUGCACCCAAGAUUGAAAGACCCUUACAAAAACAUGGUGGCAGACUUGAACAUGAUGAAAAAUAUUGUGGUUCAUGCUUUGGUGCAGAAGAGUCAGAUGACCACUGUUGUAAUAAUUGUGAAGAGGUUCGCGAGGCAUAUAGGAAGAAGGGCUGGGCAAUGUCAAAUAUGGAUUUGAUUGAUCAGUGUCAAAGAGAGGGUUUUGUGCAGAAGGUAAAGGAUGAAGAAGGUGAAGGAUGCAAUAUUCAUGGAUCUCUUGAAGUGAAUAAAGUGGCAGGAAAUUUCCAUUUUGCGACCGGGCAAAGCUUUCUUCAGUCAGCUAUCUUUCUGGCUGAUCUGCUUGCUUUGCAGGAUAAUCAUUAUAAUAUAAGCCAUAAGAUCAACAGUUUAAGUUUUGGUCACCAUUACCCCGGAUUGGUUAAUCCUCUUGAUGGGGUAAAAUGGUUCCAAGGAACUAGUCAUGGCAUGUACCAGUAUUUCAUAAAGGUUGUCCCUACAGUAUACACAGACAUCAGGGGUCGAGUUAUACAUUCAAAUCAGUAUUCUGUGACUGAGCAUUUCAAGAGUUCAGAGCUGGGUGCUGCAGUUCCUGGGGUUUUCUUCUUCUAUGACAUAUCACCAAUAAAGGUCACCUUUAAAGAGGAACAUAUUCCAUUUUUACAUUUCUUGACCAAUGUUUGUGCAAUUAUCGGAGGGAUAUUCACAAUUGCUGGAAUAGUGGAUUCGUCAAUAUAUUAUGGUCAGAGAACAAUAAAGAAGAAGAUGGAGAUUGGAAAAUAUAGAUAG